UUUGAAAUAGAUUGAACUCAUCUAACCUAUGUGUGUGUGUGUGUUAGCGCCUGUGUGUGUACAUUUAUGGGGGGGAAACAGUUGGACUUUAAGAGCAAGAAAACGUACAGACACCUAUCUCUAGUUAACUAUCUUUGGUUAUUCUUCUACUUUGUCUUAUCUCCAUUGGUCACACUUCAUAAUUGCUCUGGGAAAACGGAACGUUCUUAGAUGAAAAUCAGUAAUUAUGCAAUUAAAAUCAUUAAUUUACCCCAAAUCCCUCCCUCUCUUACAUUCAUUCUGAGACAUGAACUCGCACAAAUCUAAAAAACGCAGAGUUCUGCUCUGUUCCCUCACAGCAGUAACCCCACCAGCCUGGACACUGGAACAGCUUCAGAACACAGCAGGUACAAGCACAGAGGUUAGCCAAGAGAUUCCAGUGGGAACACAACAACUUUGGCUCAAGCCAAUCUCCUCAACAACUGGGGCACCUCUUCCAGCUUCAAUGAAAAAUCUGUUCAUUCCACAAGCAGUUUAAUCGCUUUUAUAAUUGAAGUUUCUAAUCCAGCUCGGACGUAUGGUGUAUUUCAACCCAAAAGCCUGAGGAAUUUCAGAGCUGAUUAUACAAAACUGUGUUACCCGCUGGAAAAGGUUUGCUUUUUAUUUUUAAUUUGUAGAAACACUGUAAAGUGAAAAGCUUUCUAGUUACAUUUGCUCUUUUGGGGAACAAUUCAGGACAUCGCUUGAUCUUCUCAGCCAAAAGAUAUAAACCAGUUCAUUUAACAAUUGACAGCAUCUUGUUCAAUGGGACAGAACUUUGGGUUAUGAUCUGAAAUCCACACGUGAACUGUGCUAAACUGUGACAGAUCUUAUACAUUUGUUGUUGUUGUGGAUCUCUGAGCUAUGGCUUUUGCCGACCUACUAGAGCAGGUAGGCAGCACUGGGCGCUUCCAGGUCCUACAUGUCACCCUGCUGAGUAUGCCCAUCCUGAUGAUGGCCAGCCAUAACCUGCUGCAGAACUUUGUGGCCGCUGUGCCUCCACACCACUGUGCCCCCCAUGCCAACAUCUCAAUGUCUUCGCUGGAUACAGGGGAUGUGCUGCUGGCCACGGUGCCUCUGGAUCAAAAGGGCAAACCGGAGCGUUGCAGACGGUAUGCCCAUCCUCAGUGGCAGCUCUUGAGCAACAAUAGUUCUGCAGACCUUUGGGAAGAGGAAGUGGAAGAGAUAGAGACACAGGGGUGUGAAGAUGGAUGGAACUACAACAUAACAGAGAUGAGCACAACAAUUAUUACUGAGUGGGAUUUGGUUUGUGACCUACGUGCAUUAAAACAAAUGAGUCAAACUACCUACAUGGGAGGGGUGCUUUUGGGAGCAAUAGUCUUUGGGGGACUUUCAGACAGGUUUGGCCGUCGUAUUUUACUACUAAUCUCUAACCUGAUGAUGGCAGUUGGAGGGACAUGUGUUGCCUUCUCCACAACCUUCACAAUGUUUUGCAUGUUCCGUUUCUGCUGUGGCAUGGCCCUGUCUGGUUUGGUGCUCAACUCUUUCUCUCUAAUUGUGGAAUGGAUCCCUACACGAGUGCGGACAGUGGUGGGUACAGGAACAGGUUACUGCUAUACAACAGGCCAGCUGAUCCUGGCUGGCCUUGCUUACAGCAUCAGAGACUGGCGUUGGCUCACACUGGCUGUCUCCCUGCCCUUCUAUGUGUCCUUCCUCUACUCAUGGUGGUUCUUAGAGUCUGCUCGUUGGCUGGUCCUGUCCAAGAAGUCAGAGCAGGCGGUCAAAAACCUCAAAGCGGUGGCUCGCAUAAAUGGACGGCGGGCAGAGGCAGAAAAGAUCAAUCUUCAGAUUUUGCAAGAGUCCAUGAAGAAGGAGAUGGCAUGUUCAACAGGAUCUUACAGUGCUCUUGACCUCCUGCGGACAUCCACUAUGAGGAAAAUCACAAUCUGCCUUAGUGCAGUGUGGUUCUCCACCAGUUUUGCCUACUAUGGGCUCUCCAUGGAUCUACAGAAAUUUGGGGUUAGCAUUUAUCUCAUCCAGGUCAUCUUUGGAGCAGUGGAUAUCCCAGCUAAAGUUGUGGUUACAAUAUGUAUGAGCAUGUUAGGACGAAGACCAUCUCAGUGUGGAGCUCUUGUCCUGGCUGGCAUAAUGAUACUCAUUAAUCUUCUAGUGCCUUAUGACAUGCAGUUAUUACGCACCAGUUUGGCAGUGAUAGGAAAGGGUUGUCUGGCGGCAUCAUUCAGUUGCUGUUACCUUUACUCUGGCGAGCUGUAUCCGACUGUCAUCCGUCAGAAUGGUAUGGGCUGGGUGUCCAUGAUGGCUCGACUGGGGGCGAUGGUGGCCCCCAUGGUGCUUCUUCUGGGGGAGGCUGUCCCAUGGCUACCUGGUUUUAUCUAUGGAGGAGCUCCAAUUCUUAGUGGGAUCUUUGCAUUCUUUCUCCCUGAAACCCUUUCAAUGCCUCUUCCUGACACUAUGCAGGAUGUAGAAGACAGAGGUUUCAGGUGGACAAAUUCCAAAAACUCACCUCAGAAAGAGGAUCUGACCAAGAAGGAUCCCAGUAUUGUCCUAAUGAAAGAGUUUGUCUGAGACUCUUCACUCCCUGUGAAUGCAAAAUGUCUGUAACAGACAAACAAAGAUUAGUGUUUCCACACAGAAUAGUGCAACUUAAGUGUUAUAUCAUAAAAACAACCAAAGACUGUGAAGGGGUCUUCUUGUAUGAUAAUUGGUUUAUUCAUAUCUUUCUGACUAGAAUUAGUACAAGUUAAAUGUUUUUUACUUUUACAAAGCAAGAAUAGAGUCUCAAAUGGAGCAACGAUGCUUUCUAAUAUUUGGAAAUCGUUUGCCAUUGUAUAUGUGAAAUAUUUGUUUUCUUACCUGAAUGACUUAAAUAAAGCAAAAGAAAAUAAUUCCUUUAGGAAUGUGUUUUGUAUUUGUUGUUUCAAUUGCUGUACGUGCAAAAGUAGUCUAAUGUAAAAUGCAUCCAAGUAAUCUAUAAAUAUCCAUUGAUAUAACCCACAUAUUGGGUUAUUUUCUGCAACAUUUUCCUGUCAUUUGGCCUGUUGACUCUUGGUCCAGCGAUUGAUGGUAUAAUAUAUCUCACAUGUUAAAUUACUAAGACAUUUUUGAAGUAUGAAGUUUAAGUGAUUAAAUCAAUAAAUGACUGUAAAGAAAAGGUAAAUGACAAUAUUAAGAGUAGUUCAUAUUUCUUUUGACAUUUAUUAGGCCACAUUGUUGACACUAAAUAUACUCAAUAGGGCUCAACAAUAAGGAUGCCCCCUGGCCUGGUAGCCAGUUGUUUGAAGUGUCAAUUGCCCUAUUGGACCAGUUCUGUUUAUAUAUAAUCAGGGUUGCUUCACUUGGGCCAAUAUUGGGGCUUUUCCACUGCACGGUACAACUCGACUCUGCUUGCUUUUUGGGGGUUUUCCACUGUGUAUAGUACCUGGUACCUGAUACUUUUUUGAGUCGAUACUAAAUGUGACGUCAAAUCCUGCAGAUCACUGAUUGGUCAGAGAGAAUCAUCACUACCAGCAUCACUGGAUUUUCGACACGGGACAUCAACGCGCUAGUUUUAAAGUUAGCUAAAGCGAUAGUAGUAUCAUAUGUUCACAUGACUUUCGAAUUGUAAAAAGAAAUGGUUGUGCCCAAAACCAUGCCGUGGUCAAUAAACGAGGUGCAGACAUUCCUCUCGUUAACGACGAACGAUACGAAAAUGUCUAUCAGCUACCAGCGGACCUACCGACAGUGUAGGGAAAAGUAAAAAAAAAAACACCAAGGAAAAGUAGAAGUGGUUCGACCAAAUGGAUGCUAUCUAGAUCGGUGAGCAAUGGGAGGGAGAGUGCCCUGGACUCAGCCACGGCUGGAGUCCACGAUGGAGGAUGGUAUGUUUUGUUACGUUAACUCUAUACUCUGCUUGAAAGCUUCACUUUAUUUAGUUGGCCAACAACUGGAAAGCUUGCUUCUAAAACAACUAGGAUAAUUUAACUGUUACACUUGUUUAUAAUCACCAUGCAACAACUGCUUUAUUCAGCACAAUGAGCUAGUAGCUAACAGCUAGUGGUCGUGUUAUUGUUUAGUGUCGCGUUUAUGAGGAUGUCACGGCAGUAGAGGCGGCUCAACUAUGACGAUCAGCCUAUAAUCCCACCCACAUUGAGGUGGCACUAAACAGCAGUGGAAAAGCAAGCUCAGAGUAGAGUCCAACCGUAAUGUGCAGUGGAAAAGUGUCAUAUGAUUCCAGCAUUUCACUCCUUCUCAGAGUGCUGCACUGUAAACCCUAAAGUUGUCAUUACUGUAAAAAUUAAC